AUGGAUGGGGUGGGGGUUAGGCACCAGGUGCUGCGCAUCGUCCCCACCAACGAUGAGGAGCUGCAGAAGGUGCAGGAGCUGCAGGACCUCGAGGAGCUGCAGCUGGAUUUCUGGCUGGCACCCCGCAGCCCCGGGUACCCCGUCGACAUCCGCGUGCCUUUCCCCAGCCUGCAGCCCCUCAAAGCCCACCUGGAGGCCAACGGCGUCUUCUACUCCAUCAUGAUCGAGGACGUGCAGGCACUGGUGGACCACGAGCAGACAGAGAUGCUUCGCAGCAGCCGCCGCCAGCUGCCGCUCACCACCAACACCUUUGACUACGCCACCUACCACAGCCUGGAUGAGAUCUACACCUUCAUGGACCUGCUGGUGGCCGAAAACCCCAACCUGGUCAGCAAGCUCGAGAUCGGCCGGUCGACAGAGAACCGCCCCCUCUACGUGCUCAAGUUCAGCAAAGGGGGGACAAACCGCCCGGCCAUCUGGAUCGACACCGGCAUCCACUCCCGCGAAUGGGUGACACAGGCCAGCGGCGUCUGGUUCGCCAAGAAGAUUGUCCUGGAUCAUGAGAACGACAAAGGUCUGGCCUCCAUCCUGGACAAGAUGGACAUCUUCCUGGAGAUCGUCGUCAACCCAGACGGCUUCGUCUUCACCCAAACCCAGAACCGCAUGUGGCGCAAGACCAGGUCCAGGCACCCGGGCUCCGCUUGCGUCGGUGUGGACCCGAACCGCAACUGGGACGCAGGUUUCGGAGGGCCUGGGGCCAGCGGAAACCCCUGCUCGGAGACGUACCACGGACCCUACGCCAACUCGGAGCCCGAGGUGAAGGCCAUCGUGGACUUUGUGAAGAACCACGGGAACAUCAAGGCUUUCGUCUCCAUCCACAGCUACUCCCAGCUCCUGUUCUACCCCUACGGCUACACCAGCACCCCAGUGCCUGACCAGAAGGAACUGGACCAGAUUUCCAAGAAGGCGGUGGCAGCUCUGUCUUCUCUGUACGGCACUAACUACAAGUACGGCAGCAUCAUCACCACCAUCUAUCAAGCGAGCGGAGGAACCAUCGACUGGACAUACAAUCAGGGCAUUAAGUACUCCUUCACCUUCGAGCUGCGGGACACGGGGCGCUACGGGUUCCUGCUCCCCGCCAAAGAGAUCGUCCCGACCGCCCAGGAGACGUGGCUGGCGCUGAAGGUCAUCAUGCUACACGCGCGGGACCAUCCCUACUAA